UGUUCAGUACCUCCCUACUCACUUUCUGAGGAAUUGAAACUGAAGAGCUAAACAAAGCCUAUUUGACUUCCUGUCCUCCUCACACAUCGUGUACUUCUUUCUUACUUCUCACCAUGAAACUUCUUGGAGCUCUGAUCCUGGUUUUGAGUUUGUCUGCAGCAUGUGGAUUACAAUGCUACGCAUGUGCAUUCUCUGACCCUCACUCCUGCACUAAUGUCUUAACUUGUCCUGGUGGUAUGGACCGAUGUUUCAGCACCACUAUCAGCGGUACCAUCACUAAGGGCUGCCAGUUCACUAGCUUGUGUGUCAGUCCUAUGAGCUGCUGUGAAGGGAACUUGUGCAACAGUGCUAUCCCAACUGGUCCCAGUAUUAUGUUUCUGCUGGUGUCUUCAGCCAUAAUCACCAUCUUCCUCUGAAGCUCUGGAACAACUACAUCUUAUUCAUGUUUUACUUUCUUCUUAACCAAAAUCUACAAUCCAGGAAUAAUUAACAAUUUUUUAACAAUGUAAAAGAUAUUAGUUGGAUAUAUAUUCAAUAAAAUCAGAAUAAUGCUUUGAUCGCU